CCGCAGGCCAGGCCUCCCAUUAAGUGUGACUGUACUGAAUUUUGUGUAAACUUUCUUUUUUCAUCCUAACCCGAGAAUAAAAAAAAAAAAAACGUUUUACACAAAAACUAUGGAAAUUCUCUAAUUUUUUAAUCCGAUGUUAAGGAGUAAUAUGAGGCAAUUUAGUUUUAAGAUUAGGGCCUAGUUCCAACACCCUCAAAUUUAGUUUUCGAAAAUUCGAUAAUUUUUUUUUUAUCGAUUUUAUUAUUGCAUUGGAUUGUGCUUUAAAAAUAAAAACUAAUUUGCAAAUUAACUUACGGUGAGAAAUUGUUAUUUACGAUGGUUUAAUAAAAAUUCAAGUAUUAAGGUUGUCUCUUCAGCUAUACAACUGAACAUCACCAUCGCCAACCACAUUCGAAAUGAAAAUUGCUAAUCAAUUAAGUUUUAUCAUUGUGUAGCGAUUAGGUUUUUAAAUUUCUGUUGAGUAACAAUAUUGCGUGGUUGUAUUUUUUUAAUCAAAUAGUGCAGAAAAUGUUUAAUUUAAAUCCAACGAGUGUUCUGUGAAUUUCAUAAGUUAAUACAAUGAAUGUAGGGCGGUUUUUUAGGUUAUGUUGCACCGUAAAACCUCACCUUUAUAAAUCACAUAAGUUUUAUACGAAUCGAAAUAUUUUAAAAUUACAUGAAAGAGGAAUAUUCGAGGACUUAUUUCCAGAUAGCAGUGCAGGUGAAAUAGGCGACCUUCUUAAAAAGUCACCACAAUGCGUGUACGCUGGUUUCGAUCCCACUGCAGACAGUUUGCACGUAGGGAACUUGUUGGUCCUGAUGAACCUUCUACAUUGGCAGAGAGCAGGUCACCAAGUUAUAGCACUGGUCGGUGGAGCCACAGGGCUAAUAGGUGAUCCAAGCCACCGAAAAUCGGAACGUCUCGAAAUGGAGGCAUUUUUAGUGGAAGAAAACCUCAAUUUAAUUAAAAAGAACAUCGAAAGUAUAUUCGAAAAUCAUGAAAAAUUCUUUUGGCAGGAUCCAAGCUCUAAGUUAAAACCAAUAAUAAUAGUCAAUAACAUAGAUUGGUAUAAUGAUGUAAACGUUAUUGAAUUUGUUCGUCGCGUUGGAAAGCAUUUUAGACUCGGCACAAUGUUGGGCAGAACUUCCGUUCAGUCGCGCUUGAAGUCGGAUUCCGGUAUGAGCUUUACAGAAUUUGCUUAUCAGAUUUUUCAAGCUUUUGAUUGGCUCCAUUUACUCAAGACAUACGAUUGUCGUUUUCAAAUUGGUGGAAGCGAUCAAAUGGGAAACAUUGUUGCUGGGCACGAUUUAAUUAGCAGAACUACCAAAAAGAGUGUGUAUGGAUUAACGUUACCACUUAUAACUGCAGAAGGUGGCAAGAAAUUUGGAAAAUCUACAGGAAAUGCAGUUUGGUUGUCUCCAACCAGAAGCUCUAACUUCCAACUGUACCAGUUUUUUAUCAGGACUGCAGAUGCCGAUGUUGAAAACUUCCUCAAUUUAUUCACCUUUUUAUCGACACCUGAGAUUAAUGAAAUUGUAGAGAGACAUAAAAAAAACCCUGCUAAACGCGAAGCUCAGAAAAUACUGGCUGAAGAAGUAACUGUGCUUGUGCACGGAGAUGAGGGAUUAAAAGCUGCAAGACGCACUUCUGCACUACUCUACGAGAAUUCUAUAGAAACACUAGCAGAAAUGAGUCCUCAAGAUGUGUUUCAAGUAUUCGAAGCAGCAACUGUGACCGAGAUUAUCAGUGAACCAGGAUUAACUGUCUAUGAAUUAGCAAUGAAAGCUAAUUGUUUCAAAACUGAAAAGGAUGCUCUAAGAAUCAUUCCAGCUGGCGGAUUUCAAAUUAACCACCAAAAAAUAACAAAUAUAAACGAGGUGAUCACUCCAGGAAUCCAUAUACUUUCGAACAAAUUAACUCUUCUUAGAGUCGGUAAGAGGAGUUACCACAUUGUUAAGUGGAUGUUAUGAAUUAUUAUUAGUUAUAGAGAAAUAAAUGAUCUAUUAAAGUAAGAAAGACUA